CUUGUCAGUUGAGAGACUUUGCAGAACGCGCGUAAUAAGCUAAUUCAAGUUACGCGUUAAAGACCUUGAGCAUUCAUUCACAUAUAUCUUGCAUUUCUUGUAUCUCGAUUAAGAUCGCCAAUAAUUUGUUCCGUGUUAAAAAUAUUCGAAGUGGUAGCGGAAAUUUAUCAUUUAUCAAAUUUAAAUCAUAGCCAAAUAAGUAUUGCUCUCGACGGUGGUCGUCGAAUACACUUUCCUUUUUCUGUGGAAAUUAAUACGAGGAUUAACAUCGAAAAGAACGCUCCACCACAAUAAACGACCACGUGGCGGAAGUAGAAAAAUGGCACCAAAAGGAAAGGAAGUUGGGUUCGUAUCGCGUCCUCUGCCGGCCUGGCUACGCUUCUACCUGUAUGGAAUGCACGGGCUUCUCGAUGAAAUCGUGUUCACUGCUCUUUUCGACUUUAUAUUCACGCCAGAGGGAAAUUCGUCUUUGAAAGGUUAUUCGACGAUCUUCUCGUUCUUUAUCUACGGAAGCUGCAGCUUCUUCGUGGAGCGCGUCUACGUGUUCUUACACCUCCGACACGGCAUCCGCUGGUAUUUCCGGUUACCGCUCUAUCUACUCAUCCUCUACACGUGGGAGUUCAUUUUCGGUCUCGUUCUCCGUCAGUUCGACGCGUGCUCUUGGGACUACAGCCACUACCCGCUCAACGUCAUGGGUCUCGUGACGCUGGUUUACGCGCCCGCAUGGACUCUGCUUUGCGUCUACCAGGACAUCCUGUCGCACUUCCUGCUCUCACUGCGCGUCACCACGGAGGUGCAUAAGGAAGACUUGCUGCAUAAGCUAGACUGAGUGACCUCACAUGAGUGUUGAUAACAGCGAUGACGUCAUCAAACGUAACGGUGAUAAUAACAGAACAAAUGUAAACGUUAUAUUUUUUUCCAUAUGUCGGUGACCUCACACUCGCCUAAAAAUCAAAGAUAACGCCGUAAGAAGGCGAACACAUACACUCCGCUUGUUUUUUUUUUACUAAGUGAUGCCACACGAUUUUAAAUUACAGUUAGUACAUCACUGUGUCAUUGCCAAACAAAAGGUAAACGCUAUUUUAUCCAUUUUCUAUUUGACGUCACACCAUUGCCUACCUGAAAAAAACAUUGUCUCCAGCGUGAUCGAUUUAGUAUGAGGGUAGCUUUUUGUUCCAUUUUCGAAUUCGAUCACACCAAGAUACUUAAUGGAAGUGAUAUAUAAAGUGAAAUUGAUCAACGACCGAUAUAGAGUAGCAUUAUUCUUGCAUAAUAUGCAACAGUAAUCAGCAAUGCAAAUCACGAAAUGAGUGACCUAACGUUUUUCACGCUAGUUCUUUUGAGUGACGUAAUAAUUGUCUAAAUAAAAUAAAAACCGAACGGUUGAAAUAUUUAAUGUUCAGUUUUCUCAAUAAAUAUAUCAGUGAUAACGCGCCGUUGUUUGAUUGUUAUGUCCACCCGAAACUACAACGAAAAAGUAAAAAAUAUCUUCGAGUUUUCGAGUUUUUAAGCGUGUGCGCCAGUAAUUGCUUGAAAGUGAAUCUUACCUACUCGGCCUACUGGUACAUCGGAAAGUUAAAUUCCUGUUAUCAGAACAGGAGUAUUGUUUUUAAGACACACAUUUUAAAUGACACAAUUUUUUAUCCAGCCUUCGACAUCAUUUAGAUUAUCAACUAAGCAUUGUCUCAUCCGAAUAAGUUGCCUUAUUGUUUCAUAACGGUACAGAAAAGUAACUUGUUAAUACAAAUUUCCGCGAAAUAAAACACGAAUGUAUUACUUCGAACUGUUUGUUUUAGAAUUUCUUUUGCAUUUGGUCUCAUUUUUGUCUUAAUUUGGAAUUUAUUGACCCAACACAAAAUAUGUAGCACUGUGUGGUUCGGACGUUCCUCGCUUUCCACGUGAGCUUAACCACGUGACCAAACCGGAAGUCACUGUCAUCUGGUUUACUGCGUUGAUGUGCUGGGCGUCUGAUCCUAGAGCAGUACUCGGGAGCUUACUUCUGUGUAUUUGGAAUCAGAUAUUAUGUGAAACUGCAUGUUAAAGGGCUACAACUCAUUGUUUAUAAAGUAGACUUGGUAUUUACAUACCGAUGUUAAACAGCACUAUGUUUUAUGGUAUUAAUUAUGUAAACAAAACUUGUGUUCACUAUUUGCAACAUGCAAAUUAAAUUAAAUGAGUCUGCUUUCAUUCAUACCAUUCUCGCUGAAAUCCAUUAUUUUAAAGGGCAUUAACUCCAUAAGUGAUAAUGAAUUUCCACAUAUUUCAACGCUCUUUUUCUUCUUUGAUUGGACCUGAGCUAUAAAAAUGUUGAUUCUGUAUAGAGGAACUAAGACAUCACAGAAAAAUUCAUAAAGUACAUCUCUCUCUUUCUCUGUAAAUUUAGAGUGUAUCGAAGAACAUUAACUCUGCAGUAGUUUUGUUCCUCUCAAGAACUCGAGCAGAUCGAAUAGUAAUAACUGUGCAUUGUGUUGUAUGAUUAGUGAGGUACGGCUGCAUUUUACUGCAAACGAGUAAUUUACGGUACUCGGUUAUAAUUUGUUAGUGUCAGUAAGACUUGUUAUUCUAAGCUGUCUGGAUAACUUUGGUUGAAUAAAGUAUUGCAUGGAAGACAUAUCAAAUGAUGCAUGUAUAUUGAAUUUGUGUAAAUUCUGUUCAGGUUUUAUGCUGUUUGCUGCUCAUCAGUAUCCAAGGGUGCGAAAUGGAGCCUUUAAAACUUGAAUUUAACUUUCUAAUGGACGACAAAUGUGUUAAAAUACGUAUCUUAGUGGUAAAGGGUUAAGUUGCGUCAAUAAAACAUAUAGAGAACAUGUCCCUACUACAUCAAUAUUUACCGGUACCCGCUAGUGAGCUACUAUUUAGUCUGUCAUAAAGCUUUUGCUGAUUUAUAUAUAUUUAAGUACCAGUAUAUCACAUGUUAAUUAUUUAUUUUCUUAAAUAAAUGUAUGAAAAAUACAGAUUGAAAUCAAGAGAUGGCAUUCGUAGUCUGUCUCUAGAUUGUUGGCAUAAUUAACUCAUUCUUCAGCAAAAAUUGAACUUGAAAUUCUGUAUUUGGUUAUGUUUGACUGCAGCAUGUGCCAAUAUCAAUUGAUAUGAGUUCAUUGGUCUCAUAAUAUUUCGUUUGUCUUUCAUACCUUAUUACAAUGUAGAUUAUGCACAAUAAACAUAUGGUAACAAUUUAGAAUUACUUAGGAUAUACCUUUUGAUUUGUUUUUGUUUAUUUGCUAUAUGAGUGCACAUAACCGAUUUUACAUUUAUGUAAUAUUUUCACCAGUUCAUCAUUAUUUAUGUUAUACAUCGUAAUUAUGCAUUAUUUGAUUUCACUUUAUUAAAGAGAUGGUACAUUACUGUAAGAAUUAAUUAUUUAGUGGUAGUAUGAGCAUGAUGAUUUAGGUAAUGUUGAGUAAGCUGACAAAAUUUUCCCUAUUCGUAAUUCAAUUAUGAGUUUAUGAUCGAAUCCACCUAUUAACAUGGUUAUUGGUAUUUGUACAUUUUUCAUGUUCAAUAGAUAUAUAUUGUGAUGAGUAAAUAUGUGAAUGUAAAAUCAUAUACUUUUAUAAGGAAAAUAUAUAAAACAAAAUUGCAGAGUGCUGUACAUUGCUCCUUCUUGCCCCUCUAAGUUGGUAAAAAUCAAGUUGGUAAAAAGCAAAAAUCCGUGAAAAUCUCCUUGAAUUAUAUUUAAAAAAAUCAUUUUCGAUAAAAAAUGAAUAUUUUUUAUGCUUAAAAACCUUAAUUACAAGUUGGACAUUAAAAUGCAUAGAUUUAUAGAAUUAUUAAAAAAUGUCACCUGCUGACUGGUCUGGCUUUCAACUCUCUCUCUCUCUGUCUCUCUCUCUCUCUGUCUCUCUCUCUCUGUCUCUCUCUCUGUCUCUCUGUCUCUCUCUCUGUCUCUCUCUCUGUCUCUCUAUCUCUGUCUCUCUCUCUCUCUCUCUCUCUCUCUCUCUCUCUCUCUCUCUCUCUCUCUCUCUCUCUCUCUCUCUUCUCUCUCUCUCUCUCUCUCUCUCUCUCUCUUCUCUCUCUCUCUCUCUCUCUCUCUCUCUCUCUCUCUCUCUCUCUCUCUCUCUCUCUCUCUCUCGCCUUUUCUCUCUCUAAUUUGUAAGAAAAUUAUAUGGAAAGCUCAAAUUUAAUUAAUAAGAUGUAAACUUUCAUUGAUAGAAACGUAUCGCCAGCAACGAAACAAGUUUCAAAUUAUUAACUUUCAAAAUAAAUAUGAGCAUUCAA